CACGAGGUAAAUGCCGAGCGGUCAGUCAAAGUGCUUAGGCUGAUCAUUCGUCAACAGCAGUAUCGUGGAUCGCUCUCGAUGCAGAGAAAUGCAGUUCCAACAUUUCGGCUCUCGGAGGGGUGUCUGGCGAAUAAUGGAUCUGACCGACCUUUCUUUUCUUGUCAGAGGGAUCGAUCCACUGCGCAUGCUCAAAUCAUGGACAUCCAUUUUACAAGCAACGGUUAACACGCUGCGGAUGCGCGGUCGAUGGAGUUGCAUCUCGACAUCCGCGAUCAUCAUUGGCUGUCUUUCGAUGGCAAACGGAUUGACCAUUCAGGCCAGAUCCGAGUGGAUCCGAUCGGGGAUGGAGAUAAGCCCGCGGACUGCAGAAAAAUGGGCGCAAAGAAAAUCAGGAAAAUGGCGCAGGCCUCCGUCGACCCUAAGCACCACCCACCAUGACCACCGCACCAUCGACCGUUGAAACCCGGCUCUUAGCCACCGCAGAACAUCUCGCUGGGAGUCACCACAGUAAUCCACCAGCCCCGUGGGUACACCCACAUUUAGAGCAGGAUGUUGUGCCCGUCAAGGGCCGUCAGCUGCGGGCCUCGCGCCCGAUUCGCAAGGGUGAGCUCUUGCUGGUGGAUGUUCCUUAUGCCCUGAUUCCGGUGGUCGAUGAUCCCGCCAGUAGCGAUGCCCUGUUGUGCAGCAACCCGGGUUGCAGUCGACCGACGCAAUGCGGUGCGCGGAUAUCGUGUCCGAAGAAUUGUAUCGCAGAUGUAGUCUGGUGCACGCCGGCAUGCCAGGGCGCGGAUCAAGCGCGCCACGGGUUUGAGUGCACCUGGUUGCAGAGAUAUGCCGCCCCGGUGCGCGCGAAAUGGGGCGAGUACGACUUUGGGAUGCUGUGGCUGAUUGUGCGCAUUCUGGCCGCACGGCAGAGGGAGCUUCAACGGGACCAGCUCGACGAUGAUACGACUCCGCGCUUCCAGGGUGGCUGGGACGCCAUCCAGUCAUUUUGCGGCUCGACGGAGAGCUGGUCGCAUGCCCAGGUCCGAUCAUGGACCGCGUUGGUCAAGAAGUAUCUUCGCAGUGGCCCGGCACUUCCUCACGAUCUGACACCGGAUGAGAUUGUGGCGCUCAUCUGCCGGGAGGAGGCCAACUCAUUUGGCUUAUAUCCUCGAGAGACCGGUGUGUUCCCCGUGCCAGAGCCGCCGGUGGAUCGAGGUGACCAGUACGGCGCGGCCGUGUAUCCUCGAGCCGCCAUUGCGAAUCAUUCGUGUUCUCCAAACAUUAUGCACAAGCCUGACCAUCAAGGCCGAAUGGUCUUCACGGCCUCGAGGGAUAUCGCAGCUGGAGAGGAGUGCUGCAUAUCGUACUUUGAUUUGUCGAAAAGGGUUGAGUUGAAGGAACGACGAGACCACCUGCAGGGUUUGUUUCGCUUCAUCUGUGGCUGUGAUCGAUGUACGGCUGAGGAGCCGUCGGUUGAAGAGUCGGACUGGGUUGGGCUGCCUUUUGUGGAGUGAGCAGUGUGCUGAACAAUACCAGCAUACUUCGUUCUUGGAUGGUUGGAGCAUUAUUUUGGUUCUCUUUUUGACGUGGAAGACGACACAUAGAUCGCCAGGCUGGUCCUGGUUGGUAUAUAACCGAGAAAGACAUCAGUUUCCGUCUUAGAAAAUAUUCCAGAAUUCAUC